UUGGGGAUAUUCAACAAGCUAAUUAUAAACCUAUAAUCGUUAGAAUUGGUUGUUGUUUACAUUUUGCUUAACACGACAGUUUCCCAUGGUCCACUUGGUCCUGUUUCAUAAUUCCCUACUGUACUGUUCGGUGCCGUGCGCUCCUUGUGCCCCGGCGCUGCGGCCUGUCGCUUGUGGUCCAUCACCGAGCCGCGCUUUCCCGGUCGGGGGCCGCGCUAACGAGCUCCUCCUCCUCCCCGUUUUGGGGAUUUACCCCGGGGCGCACUGACCACUGGACGCACUGAGGAGGCUCCGAGGAUUACUGCCAUGCAGCCGAGCGAGCCUCCAGUUAUCCGAGCUGACGCCUGGGGAUGUCAGGGUUAUGAGCUCUUGGAAGAAGAAGAAAAAACUUCACUUGCGAGCACAGUUAAGUGAAAAUGUGAAUUCACUAUUCCAGCGGUGAAAAUUACGCACAGAGAUGCGCUAAACUGGCACAUUCAUCAAGAAACAACACUGGGCUACACAAGCUGCAGGUGUGAUUCCAGACGCGGUUGUUUCUCUUGUUGAGGACCUGUAAUCUGGCUGUCACCAAUGACUGUCACGUACACAGCCAGAGUUGCAAACGCUCGUUUCUGUGGCUUCUCCAAGCUGCUUUUGGCCUGGAAAGGCAGCAUCUACAAGGUGUUGUAUAAAGAGUUCCUGGCUUUCUUUGCCAUGUAUACCGCCAUCAGCAUCACUUACAGAUUUCUCCUGUAUGAUGAUCAGAAGAGGUAUUUUGAAAAGCUGGCAAUUUACUGCAACCACUACGCCAGUCUUAUCCCUAUGUCCUUUGUACUGGGUUUUUAUGUGACCCUGGUGGUGAACCGGUGGUGGAGCCAGUACACCAGCAUCCCUCUCCCUGACAGGCUCAUGUGCGUCCUGUCGGGGGGCCUCCAGGGGAGCGACGAGAGAGGCCGCCUGCUGAGACGAACCAUGAUGCGUUACGCCAGUCUGUCGGCCCUGCUCAUCCUCCGCUCCGUCAGCACGGCCGUGUUCAAACGUUUCCCCACCAUGGACCACGUGGUGGAGGCUGGAUUCAUGUCAAGAGAGGAACGGAAGAAGUUUGAGGGUCUACACUCUCCUUAUAACAAAUACUGGAUCCCCUGCGUUUGGUUCACCAACCUGGCUGCUGUGGCCCGCUGCGAGGGCAGGAUCAAAGACGAUCACACACUCAAACUACUGCUGGAGGAGCUGAAUGGGUUCAGAGGGAAGUGCAGCAUGCUGUUUCACUACGACAUGAUCAGUGUUCCUCUAGUUUACACCCAGGUGGUGACUUUGGCAGUGUACAGUUUUUUUCUGGUGUGUCUGAUUGGUCGUCAGUUCCUGGACCCCAAUCAAGGCUAUCCCGGUCAUGACCUGGACCUCUACGUGCCCAUCUUCACCCUGCUACAGUUCUUCUUUUAUGCCGGGUGGCUCAAGGUUGCAGAGCAGCUGAUCAACCCUUUUGGAGAAGAUGAUGAUGACUUUGAGACCAACUGGCUGAUAGACAGAAAUUUCCAGGUGUCUAUGAUGGCGGUGGACGAGAUGUAUGGAGAUCUGCCAAUGAUGGAGAGAGAUCGUUACUGGAAUGACUCCAACCCCAGACCCCCCUACACUGCCGCCACUCUCUUUGUCCUCCGCAAACCCUCUUUCCAGGGGUCCACUUUUGACAUGGCGAUUCCUAAAGAGGAGAUGCACUUCCAGCCUCUGGAGGACAUUGCUGAGAACCUGGAGGAGUCAGGCGGUCGUCACCCCAACAUAGACCUCUUUAACCGCCUACUCAGUGUGGCCCCUUCCCCCUCUGGCUUUAUGGGAGGGGCUCUUCGCCGCACCUCAGCACAACUCCAGAGGCUACGCCAAUCCCCCAGCAUUGACCAAUGCACCAGCGAUGAUGAUGAAGAUGAUGAUGGUAGUGGUAAAAUAGGUAAAGGUGGGUCUCUGCCGUCAGGGCUGGGGCAGGAAACCCAGAGCACUGUGUGCAGUUUCUGGGAGGAGAAGAGCACCAGAACGCCUCUGCUGGAGGUUCAGUUUGCAGCGGCGCAGGAGAGGCGAGAAGGGCAUCCUGCCGUCAAAAAGGAGGUGCGUAGAGGGGAGGAGAAGAGAGAUGAAGAGUGGCAGAUCAGGGAGGAAGGAAGGAAAGCAGAGAGUACAAGGGAGGAGACCCAAACUCCUGUGUUCCUGCUUCCUUCUUCCUCUCAGUCCUCAAGAGAGAUGUCCACUCAAUCAGCCGCCGCCAUUCCCUUCACCUCCACUCACCCCUCGGCCUUUGUGUUUCACCCAGCUGCCCACUCCAGUCUGGAGCACUGCAGCUCCCAGCCGGCUAUCAACCAGAACACAGCUCCGCCCGCCAUUCCAAAGCCUCCCUCUGGUGGAAACAAAAUGUCCUUCCUCACUGUGCCGACUUACAACGAACCUUCGCGUUUUCGCAGUGUUAGCAUGGGAUCAGAGCUUACUGGGUCUUAGGUGGACAAUGGGUUCCGAUUAAGUUUUGACUGUUUAAAACCCUAAUGCUUGAUUCAGUGCACAUUUUCACAAGUGAAACUAGUCAUAGAUAUAAAAAUGAAAAGAGUGUUAAAGAUGUGCUCCCAUAAUUGUUUUGGUUUUUUUAUAGAAAGCAGUAGCUCCCUGUUUUCCUAAAAUAUUCUCCCACCGCACUGAUAACGAUGUCCGAAGGUCCUCUGUGAACUGUGCAAAAUUUCUGUGACAUGGGAGGAAAGUUUUGGUUGACAUUUGAAGACACUAAAGACUAAAGAAGUCACUGUGACGUCGCGCUAACACAGCACUCACUUCCGGGUAGACACUUGGCGGUUGAUUUGAAUUGCGGAGAUUUGUGAAAUCGGGAAACUUGUUUUUUUCUGAUGUCAAUUUCAGCCGUAACUGUAACGUUUGAAGAUAGGCUAGAUAGUUACACACGGAGGGCCGACCUCUUAGACGUUUCCUCUGUGCUUAUUUUCUAAGAUUGUGUCUUUGAUAAACCAAAUCAAACGCUAUGAACAACGACAGCUCACCACCUGUUGGACUACCUGCUCAUUAUGGGUGGUCAUUUAAAUUGUAUGUACAAGAUACAGGGGGUUUCUACCUGGACGUUAUUGUAAAAAAACAUUGGGAUUGGGUCUAUUGGAAACUUUAAAGACAUAUUCAGUAUAUUUAAUCAGAAUCAGAAACACUUCAUUGAUCCCCAAAGGGAAAGUCUGUGUUACAGUAGUACAUAAAUAUCAGAGAAGAAAUAUAAAUAAAAGAAAUAUAAUGAGUGUGGAUAUGUACAGUAUUUACAUAGUUAAAGGAAUUUUAUGAUACUUUUUAAGCUAGGCUAAACAAGUUUUCUAAAGUUAAGCCUAGUUUAGCACCAAGACUAGGCAGGGGGAGAUUGGCCUCUUCAAAAAAGGAGGAAGCAACACCAAACGUUUCUUUCCAUGUUGAAUCUUAAUAGCUUGCAAACUACUCACCAGUGAGUGAAAGCGUCACCUGGGUUUAGGUCGGUUGUGAAAGUCUAUGAAGCCGACAACUUCACCAUGAGACAGGACUUUGGAUAAUUAUAGGCCUACUAGCUUGCAUAGUAAUUCAGCUAGCUUCUUCGUAUUUAAGCUUAAAUUA